AUGGUGAGGCUCGAUCGUCUCUUUAUCUUAUUGGAUACUGGCACAACACCUGUAACAAGGAAAGCCGCUGCACAACAACUUGGGGAGGUUGUGAAACUUCACCCCCACGAAUUAAAUAAUCUUUUAGCAAAGGUGUUGGUACACUUAAGGAGUACAAAUUGGGAUACUCGCAUUGCUGCUGGACAAGCUGUGGAAGCAAUAGUGAGAAAUGUGCCAGAAUGGAAUCCUACUCCACGACCCAAACAAGAACAUGGUUGUGAGAGUCCUGUGGAAGAGUCAUCUGCCUCUGAUCGGUUGCGUUUUGACAGAUUUGAUAUCUGCCGACUCCUGAAGCAUGGUGCUUCUCUUCUUGGGUCUGCUGGUGCAGAAUUUGAAGUCCAAGAUGACACAGCAGGUGAAAUUGAUCCCAAAGAGAGGAUAGCACGACAAAGGAAGCUGCUCCAAAAGAAGCUCGGCCUUGAUAUGGGAGCUGCAAUUGGAAUGAAUACAGAAGACUUGUUCAAUGAUGAGGAUUUGGACUACACUCCUGCUCCAUCGUUUCUUGUACACAAACAACCUACUCUUCAAGCUGCUGACUUGAUUGAUUCAGAAUUUCGAGCUGGUAUGAGUAGCAGGCAAAAGAAUAAAGCUAAGAGAAUGGCCAAGCUGUUUGCCAAACAAAGAUCAAGAGAUGCAGUAGAAUCCAAUGAAAAGAGCAACGAUAGCACUGAUGGGGAACCAGAGGAGAAGAGAAGAAAAGUGGCAAAUGUUAUCAUCAGUCAGCCUACAACUGAUUCCAAACUUUUGGUAGAUAAUGUGCCAGAAGAGACUAAUGAAUGGCCUUUGGAAAGUUUUUGUGAAGAAGUAUGCAAUGACCUCUUUAACCCAUCAUGGGAGAUCAGACAUGGUGCAGGUAUUGGAUUGAGAGAGGUACUUAAAGCUCAUGGAAGAAGUGGAGGCAAAAUAGGAGACAGCACUAUAGAAGAGAUGACUCAACAGCACCAGGAUUGGCUGGAGGACUUGGCUAUCAGGCUUCUUUGUGUGUUUGCCUUAGAUAGAUUUGGCGACUUUGUUUCCGAUGAAGUCGUGGCACCAGUGCGAGAGACUUGUGCUCAAACACUGGGAGUGGUGCUGAAAUACAUGAAUGAGACUGGUGUUCAUAAAACUGUGGCUAUCCCGCUGAUUCUGGCACAGGAACAGUGGGAAGUGAGGCAUGGGGGCCUGUUGGGGAUAAAAUAUGCUUUGGCAGUUCGUCAGGACUUAAUUGAGACGUUAUUACCUAAAGUCUUACCAGCAAUAACUGAAGGUCUGCAGGAUCUGGACGAUGAUGUCAGGGCUGUUGCUGCUGCAUCUUUAGUGCCAGUGGUGGAAAGUCUUGUCUACCUUCAGCCGCAGAAAGUACCCUUUAUUCUUAAUAUAUUAUGGGAUGCACUUCUGGAAUUGGAUGACCUGACAGCUUCUACAAACAGCAUCAUGACCCUCCUUUCAUCCCUUCUGACUUAUUCUCAGGUCCGAAAAUGCAGUAUUCAGCAAUCACUCACGGUUCUGGUACCACGUGUGUGGCCAUUCCUACAUCAUACAAUAUCAUCUGUUCGAAAAGCUGCACUGGAAACUCUGUUUACUUUACUGUCUACAGAAGAUCAGAGUUCUGCAGCCUGGCUUAUUCCCAUUUUGCAAGACAUGUUAAGGCAUAUCUUUCAGUUCUGUAUUUUAGAAAGUAAUCAAGAAAUUCUGGAGCUCAUUCAUAAGGUGUGGCUGGAAUUGUUAAGCAAGGCAUCUCUGCAAUACGUGGUAGCAGCUGCUUGUCCGUGGAUGGGAGCUUGGCUCUGUUUAAUGAUGCAGCCUUCUCACUUGCCUAUUGACUUAAAUAUGUUACUAGAAGUGAAGGCCAGAUCAAAGGAAAAAACUGGUGGCAAGGUGCGGCAAGGUCAGACGCAGACUAAGGAGGUGAUUCAGGAGUACAUUGCUGGAGCAGAAAGUGUUGCCGAAGAUCCAGCAACCAGGGAUUAUGUUGUUAUGAGAGCCCGAAUGAUGGCAGCAAAAUUGCUUGGAGCACUUUGUUGCUGUAUUUGCGAUCUGAGUGUGAAUGCCGUUACUCAGGAAAUAAAGCCAGCUGAAUCGCUAGCCCAGCUAUUGCUUUUCCAUUUGAAUUCCAAGUCCGCUUUGCAGAGGUUUAGUGUUGCAUUAGUAAUCUGUGAGUGGGCUGCUUUGCAGAAGGAAAAUAAAGCUGUGGCUCUUGCUGUCCAGUCACGUUUACUUGAAGUCCUUUCAGAGCAUCUUUAUUACGAUGAAAUUGCUGUUCCCUUCACGCGAAUGCAGAAUGAAUGUAAACAACUCAUCUCCUCAUUUGCUGAUGCAAACAUUGACAUUGGCAGCCGAGUAAACUGUAGUGUGUUUACAAUAGAUCAAGCUAAUGAAUUGGUCACUACCAUCUUCAGUGAAUUUACAUCCUCUUUUAAUUUAAAUCCUAAAGUCUUACAGCAAUUGGAAGGCAAGAGACAACAAGUCCAAAUGACUGUUACAGAAACAAAUCAGGAAUGGCAAACACUGCAGCUACGAGUGCAUACCUUUGUUGCUUGUGCUGUUGUGAACCUGGAGCAACUUCCAGAAAAAUUAAACCCUGUGAUAAAACCUCUGAUGGAGGCUGUGAAGAAAGAAGAGAACACACUAGUGCAAAAUCAUGCAGCUUUGUGUAUUGCUAAGUUACUUCAGCAGUGCACAACAAGGUCUCCGUGUCCCAAUUCAAAGAUUAUUAAAAACCUUUGCAACUCACUCUGUGUGGACCCACAUCUUACACCUUUAGCAUCAUGUCCAGCCCAACCCCAGAGUGUCCAUGAAAAUGCAAAAGGAUCCAAUUCUGAAAGAGGUGGGAUGCAUCAUACAGUCACCAAGCACAGAGGUAUAAUCACACUGUACAGGCAUCAAAAAGCAGCAUUUGCCAUCACAAGCAGACGAGGUCCUACACCAAAGGCCACAAAAACUCAAAUUGGUGAUCUGCCCACCAGUAGCAGUGGGAAUAUGAUCACAGAGCUUGAUGAAGCCCAGAAACCCUACGUUGUGCAGAGGAGAGGUGCAGAAUAUACUUUAUCCACUAUUGCAAAACAUUUUGGCGGUGAAAUGGCUGUGGGCUUGCCACAUCUCUGGGAUGCUAUGGUUGGUCCCUUAAGGAAUAACAUUGAUAUAAACAACUUUGAUCUAAAGCUGCUCUUGGAAAAGGGAGAUGGCCCAGCCCAGGAAUUGGUGAAUUCUCUACAGGUUUUUGAAACAACAGCCGCCUCUAUGGAUGUUCAACUUCACUCUUUGUUGGUCCAGCACUUGCCUUAUCUGUGUAUGUGCCUUCAACACCCCAACACUGCAGUGAGACACAUGGCUGCUCGUUGCGUUGGUGUAAUGAGCAGAAUAGCUACCAUAGAAACCAUGCACAUUUUCCUGGAAAAGGUUCUUCCUUGGCUGGGUACUAUAGAUGACAGUACCAAACAAGAGGGUGCAAUUGAAGCUCUUGCUUCUGUAAUGGAGCAACUAGAUGUUGGAAUUAUUCCCUAUAUAGUCCUCCUUGUGGUCCCAGUUCUGGGCAGAAUGAGCGAUCAAGCUGACAGCGUACGUUUCAUGGCCACUCAGUGCUUUGCUACGUUAAUUAGAUUAAUGCCUCUUGAGGCUGGCAUUCCAGACCCACCUAAUAUGUCUGAAGAUUUAAUCAAAAUUAAAGCCAAGGAACGCCAUUUUCUGGAACAGUUGUUAGAUGGGAAAAAACUAGAAAACUAUAAAAUUCCAGUGCCAAUUAAAGCUGAACUCAGAAAAUAUCAACAGGAAGGUGUGAAUUGGCUGGCUUUUCUUAACAAAUACAAGCUUCAUGGUAUCCUCUGUGAUGAUAUGGGCUUAGGAAAAACUUUACAGUCCAUUUGUAUUCUUGCAGGGGAUCAUUGUCUCAGGGCUCAAGAAUAUUCAAGAACUAAAACAUCUGAUAGUGUUCCGCUUCCAUCAUUAGUAGUGUGCCCUCCCACACUUACAGGCCAUUGGGUGGAUGAAGUAGGGAAGUUUUGUUCCAAAGAGUAUCUCAAUCCACUGCAUUAUACUGGUCCUCCUACAGAAAGGGCAAGGUUGCAGCACCACGUAAAAAGACACAACCUCAUUGUAGCUUCUUACGAUGUUGUAAGGAAUGACAUUGACUUCUUCAGGAAUAUUAAAUUUAACUACUGUAUACUUGAUGAAGGCCAUGUCAUAAAAAAUGGAAAAACAAAAUUAUCAAAAGCAAUAAAGCAGCUGACUGCCAACUAUAGGAUAAUACUCUCUGGGACCCCAAUUCAGAACAAUGUCUUGGAGUUGUGGUCACUGUUUGACUUCCUGAUGCCAGGAUUUCUGGGCACUGAGCGCCAGUUUGCAGCUCGCUAUGGCAAGCCUAUAUUGGCAAGCAGAGAUGCUCGGAGCUCAAGCAGAGAGCAGGAGGCAGGUGUUCUUGCAAUGGAGGCAUUGCACAGACAAGUCUUGCCAUUUUUGUUGAGGAGGAUGAAAGAAGAUGUACUGCAGGAUCUUCCACCCAAAAUUAUUCAAGACUAUUACUGCACCCUCAGCUCUCUGCAGAUUCAACUGUAUGAAGAUUUUGCCAAAUCUCGUGCCAAAUGUGAUGUGGAAGAAACUGUUUCAUCAGCCUCAUUGACUGAGGAGACAGAAAAACCAAAGCUUAAAGCCACAGGGCAUGUGUUCCAGGCUUUACAGUAUUUAAGGAAACUGUGCAACCAUCCAGCUUUAGUUUUAACUGCUCAGCAUCCAGAGCAUAAGAGAAUCACAGAGAAGCUUGCAGUUGAAAACACUUCUCUUCGAGACAUCCAACACGCACCUAAACUCUCGGCUUUAAAACAGUUGCUGCUUGAUUGUGGCUUGGGAAAUGGUGGCUCCCCAGAAAGUGGCACAGAAACCAUCGUUGCACAACACAGGAUACUUAUCUUCUGUCAACUCAAGAGCAUGCUGGAUAUUGUAGAGCAUGACCUGCUCAAGCCUCACUUACCUUCCAUUACCUACCUGCGAUUAGAUGGCAGCAUACCCGCUGGUCAGAGGCAUUCCAUUGUGUCACGGUUUAAUAAUGAUCCAUCCAUUGAUGUCCUCUUGCUUACCACACAUGUUGGCGGACUGGGGCUAAACUUAACUGGUGCAGACACGGUGGUGUUUGUGGAACAUGACUGGAAUCCAAUGAAAGACCUGCAAGCAAUGGAUCGAGCACAUCGUAUUGGGCAGAAACGAGUUGUCAAUGUUUAUCGCCUGAUAACAAGAGGAACGUUGGAAGAAAAGAUAAUGGGUCUCCAGAAGUUCAAAAUGAAUAUUGCAAAUACAGUGAUCAGUCAAGAGAACACUAGUUUACAAAGCAUGGGCACAGAUCAGCUUCUUGACCUCUUCACUCUUGACAAGGAUGGAAAAGCUGAAAAAUCAGACGCUGCCACUUCUGCUUCUGGAAAAGCAACUAUGAAAUCAGUGCUUGAAAAUCUUGGAGAACUUUGGGAUCAGGAGCAGUAUGACUCCGAAUACAGUUUAGAGAAGUUUAUGCAUUCGCUCAAAUAAACUUUCUUUAAUGCAGUGACUGCUAGUCCACAUUUUCAGCUGAUAUUCAGCAAAUUUCAAAACAUUUAUAGUGAACUUCUAGUAUAACAUGUAAAUACUAAAAAAAUAUGAAAGAGCUGCGUUUUGAAUAAAGCUACCUACUUCACUUUGAGGUAGUUAAGUCUUAAAUACUAGCAUUAUAUAAAACCUUUAAAUGUAAACUUAAUGUGAGGUUGUUUUGAAUUUCCCAAAUAGCUAUAGAUUCUUAUUUGCUGGGGGGAAAAUAAAACAUAACCGGUUUUGCACAUUCUGAUAAGUGUUAUUACUCUUUUGAAAUCAUAACUUCCCCUUUCCCCAAAUCUUCAGUAAUUUGUACAGAUUGUUUGAAAACUUCUCUUAUUAUUGUACAUCUCUCUUUGAAACCCGGUUUUGCUUCAAUGAUACAUUAAAGAAGAAUUUUCAGUUUAACAAGUUAGAGUGAUAUUUGGUGCAGAUCACUUCAGGAUGUAUAUUGAGACUGUAGUGGCAAAGUCCUGAAGCAGUAAUGGGGAAUUAAAUGAAAAUUCAAGUGUUAAGGUCCCACCUUGUGUGGUGCUCUUCAGUCUUCUGACAUCAUUUUGAGAGCAGUUGACUUUUUAAUAGGAAUUUACACAUAAUGGCUUGCUAUAGGCCAUUUCUGCAUCCUUUUUAGAGGGUGCCAUUUUUAAAUUUUUAUGUGUAUAUAUAGUAUGGCUAGAGUGUAGCCCGGUUCAGAGAUCAAGCAUAUGCUGUAGGUUUCAAUCCUAUUUUUUUGUAACUAAAAGAGCAGUUAUAUUAACAGAGCUUUUCCAGACAUAGAUAUUGUAAAAUUGAGAAUUCAUGCUGGAAAAAUCUCUAAUGCACUAGUGCAGGACUCUCUCAAACGAGAGAGGAAAGAUGCUUUAUUUAGGGUCUAGAUGCACACACAUCUACUUAGAAAUGCCUACAUUGCAUCAGAGGAAAUGGAACAUUUGAACUAAAAUCAUGUAAUAGAAGGUUAUAAUAACUGAGUGAGGGUAACAGUAGCUGUACAUUUUUAAAAGGGAGCCAGUAGUGAUGUGUCUGUUCAUAGAUGUGCAUGUAUGUACCAAAUGUACACAGUUUUCUGAAUAUAUUAAAGGCAAACCUGCAUAACCUGUCAGAAUACAUAGAAUAUAUGUAUAGGUGUCAUAUCUACAAUUUGGAGCUGGCUGUGCACUUCAGCAUCAGAGCUUGAAUAGCCAUGAAACCUCAAUAGUGUAAAGUAAUUGUUUUGAUUUUUUUAAAAAAGGGAAAAAAACAUUGGCUUAUGGGGCAAGAUUGUUUUGCAAUAUUCAAACAUGAAUGAACGUGUGUCAGAUUUAAGUAGGUAUAUGACCUGCCAUAUUGUAACAUUAACUUAGCAUUCCAUGACAAGGGAAAAAAAUAAAAAGCCAAACUGGCAUAA